UGAGCUGAGACAGCAAUUCGAACAAGCAGAUACUCGAGGAUUGCUCAAAAUGGUAAAAUAUCUAGUUCAAGAGGAAGCUCAUUUAAAUGAGUUCGAUACGGAAGGAGGUGCAGUGUUGCACUAUGCCGUUACCUCAUGUAGUCUAGAAGUGGUAAAAUAUCUUGUUGAAAAGGGUGCUGAUGUAAAUGGCAAGAAAACUAACGGGUGGACUGUGCUGCACUCUGUUGUUACCGAAAGUACGCAGGAAAUAUUGAAACAUCUUGUUGAAAAGGGUGCUGAUGUAAAUGGCAAGAAAAAAAACGGGUGGACUGUGCUGCACUCUGCUGUUACUGAAGGUAGGCUAGAAAUAGUGCAAUAUCUUGUGGAAAAUGGCGCCGACGUAAAUGGCAAGAUGAAUAACGGAAGGACUGUGCUGCACUGUGCUAUUGUUAAAGGUAUGUUGGAAAUAGUAAAAUAUCUUGUUGAAAACGGCGCUGAUGUAAAUGGCAAGGAUACUGAUGGGUGGACUGUGCUGCACUUUGCUGUUAUUGAAAGCAGUCUGCAAAUGGUAAAAUAUCUUGUUGAUAUGGGCUCUGAUUUUAACGGCAAGGAUUCUGACGGCUGGUGUGUGCUGCACUAUGCUGUUACUGAAGAUAGGCUAGAUAUAGUAAAAUAUCUUGUUGGAAAGGGUGUUGAUGUCAAUGACAACAAGACUAAUGGAUGGACUGUUCUGCAUUCUGCCGUUACUAAAGGUACACUUGCAAUACUAAAAUACCUUGUGGAAAAGGGCGGUGAUAUAAAUGCUAAGGAUUCGGAUGGGCGGACUGUGCUCCAUUCUGCUGUUACUAAAGGUGGGCUAGGAAAAGUAAAAUAUCUUGUUGAAAAUGGUGCUGAUGUAAAUGGCAAGGACACUGACGGGUUGACUGUGCUGCACUCUGCUGUUAUUAAAGGUGCACCUAAAAUAGUAAAAUAUCUCGUUGAAAAUGGCGCUAAUGUAAAUGGAAGGAAGACUACAGGGUGGACUGUGCUGCACUCUGCUGUUGCUGAAGGUUCUAUGGAAAUACUGAAAUACCUUGUUGAAAAGGGCGCGGAUGUAAAUGGCAAAAAGACUAGUGGUUGGACUGUGUUGCACUCUGCCGUUGGUAAAGAUACACUGGAAAUAAUAAAAUAUCUUGUGGAAAAGGGUGCUGAUGUAAACGGCAAGGAUACUGACGGGUUGACCGUGCUGCACUAUGCUGUUACCAAAGGUACACUGGAAAUAGUGCAAUAUCUUGUGGAAAGUGGUGCUGAGGUGAAUGGCAAGGAUACUGACGGGUUGACUGUGCUGCACUCUGCCGUUACUGAAGAUGUGCUGGAAAUAGUAAAAUAUCUUGUCAUAAAUUGCGCUGAUGUAAAUGGCAUGGAUUCCGACGGGAUGACUGUGCUGCACUCUGCUGUUACUGAGGGUACACUGGAAAUGGUGGAAUAUCUUGUGAAAAAUGGUGCCGAAGUAAAUGGCAAAAUGACUAACGGAAGAACUGUGCUGCACUGUGCUUUUGGUAAAGGUAUGUUGGAAAUAGUAAAAUAUCUUGUUGAAAAUUGCGCUGAUGUAAAUGGCAAGGAUUCCGAUGGGAGGACAGUGUUGCACUCUGCUAUUACUGAGGGUACACUGGAAAUAGUAAAAUAUCUUGUAGAAAAGGAAGCUGAUGUCAAUGGCAAGGGUACUGACGGUUGGACUGUGCUGCACUCUGCUGUUUCUGAAGGUGCGCUAGAAAUAGUAAAAUGUCUUGUUGAAAAGGGCGCCGAUGUUAAUAGCAAGAAUGCUAACGGAUGGACUGUGCUGCAUGCUGCUGUUACUGAAGGUACGCUCGAAAUAGUGAAAUAUCUUGUUGAAAAGAGCGCUGAUGUAAAUGGUGAAGAUAGUAAGGGAACAACAGUUUUACACGCUGCUGUCAAUACUGGUGGAUUAAAAAUGAUCAAGUAUUUUGUCGAACAGGUUGCUGAUAUAGCUCUUACAAAUAAAGUCGGCAGUCAUACUCUUGGCGCUAUUAUUCUAAAGAUAGCAAUCGUGAAAAAUUCGGUCGAUUUGGUAAAUAUCCUGUUAAAAAAGAAUGUCAUUUUUUGGAAAGGUGGGACAUUUCUUAUUGAUGGAAGAAAUAUGAAUCUUCUUGAAUUGUGUAUUCACCUUGGUCAUGAUGAAAUUGCGACUGUUCUCAAAAAGUCCGUAAAACAUCGUGAGAAAAUUCAUGCACUGAGAAGAACGACUUGCAACCAGUUAGAGAAGGUAGUACUUGAAAGAUUUUUUAUAUAA